ACGCUGCUCAUUCUCGCUGAGUUGCCGCAUACACCCUGUCUCGGCGGCGGCGGCGGCCGUCUGCACGAGCACUCAACUGAACUGUUACACCCGCCCCCUUCUCCCGGCCGUUUCAAACAGCCAGCGCCAUUCAGUCAGUGUAGGCCACCAGCAAGGCCGUCGCUACCAGCCAACGGUACUCGGGACGUUGUCUGCGACCGCAUCGGCAGGUCCACUUCUGCUGCAGCUGUCGCUUCAGGCUGCUCAGGUGAAAAAAGUGAACGAUUCUCCGCGGCUAUCGGCCUGUACCCACGCAUAAUACCAGUAGCAGCUGAAGUCAACGUAGUCGCGCUCAAGGAGCCCGUUCAGCAAAUCGCCAGUCUUGCGGCCUCGACGAUCUACUGAAAGUGCACAACAUUCUCAUCGGCGCCUCGUUUGUGCAUUUGUCCGUUUGCUGCUUGAUAAUGAACGCCAACCUUUUACUGAGUCGCCCGUUUUCCUGAUGGAGUAGACUGUAGCAAGGACAGCAGCGUUCAUCGUGGUAGCACUCAUCCACCUAACUAUCUUUCGUUUACGAAAGAAAUCUAUUCGGUGACCAAUCUACUCACGAAAAAAGAUUCAUUCACAAAGCGUAUGCAUGCACUACUGUGUUAUUCAUAGGAGCUAAUUACAUACUUAUGUACGUCUUGUUUUGGCCACUGAGGUUCCUAUUCUACUUGAACUUCUACGUUAAGCCCAUCGUGCAAAGAAAGAGCGAGUAUCUUUGAUAAGCUAUGCUGUUGUCGGGCGUUGUGGCGACCUCUUGCAUUAAAUCAACAAGCCAAAUCCAAAGCCAAGUUAACUUGUAACUUGUAGGCAACCUUGAGCACUGCGGUCGAAAAAUUCGAGUUGGCCAUAGCAGAGAGCGGGACCGCAAUCCGCGUAUGCAUAUUUAAUAGCACUAUUACUACCACGUGGGCAACGAUAUACGAAUUUGCUUGUUCUGUGAGUGCCGUGCCUGUGAAAGGUAGUGCUUCUAGUACCAAUUUUUAUUUUCAAAGACGCGCACCCAUACGACGAGUUCAGCAGAACGAAAAGAAGAACGUCGUAACGUUGAACUAAGUGAACGGAAAGGGCGUCGUCGCCGUCUUUGUUGACUGGUUGUGCAAGAAGCUAUACAGAAAUAUCCAAAGCGAAAUAAAGUGUGCUUAACGCCCGUAGUGAAUCGGCCGCUAGACAGCUGUUACAGGAACUGCGAGCCGGAGAGUCCCAGCGAGCGAGAACCAGUGUAAAGGUAGCACUUUAUUGCUACGAAAAUGGGCGAUGUACGUAAUAUCCUCCGUGGGAGGGACGCAAUGAACGAUGUCAUGUCGCAAUCACAUCCGGCUCCGGACAACCAACAUCCGCAUUCGCCCACCUCCAGCGACCCCUGGAGAUGGACAGAAUACAAGAGCAAGUACCGGCCCUUCUCGCAGUAUUCUUACAGUGGGGGCUCAUGGCACCGAAACCAGCCCCUGGACGCUACCGAUGGGCCCAGUUCCUGGUACGCAGAGGUCGCCGAGAGGAUACACAAGGCGGAGGAGUACAAGACGCGCUCGCGUUCUUCUGGCAUCGGGGAGACGGAUUAUCCCUCGGAGCGAAACCGUCUGAUCUGGAGUAAUUCGGUGUCCGCGCUAACGUUACACGAUACGGUUGAUAGCGCCGCGGGAUAUCGCCGGCAGAAGAGCAGAUUCCACUCACUGGGACCGGCUUUCUCCUUGACCAAGGACAGUAAGCCGUCGUUGCCCGCUUCAGCUGGCGGCGGAGCCGCUCGUACUAUCAGCAAGCCACGCACCAGUCGAAGCGUUUCACGUAGACGAGUUGCAGAUGGCGGAAAACCUCCACCGCAAGGGGCCUCUCCAACUAAGAGCACAACCCUGAUUCGUACGCCUUCUAAAACACCGCCCAAGAAGGACGGCGAACCUAAAGACGGCACAAAGGAUUCAAAACCGCGAGCGGUUGUAAAACCAACUCCCGCCAAAGAGGAUAAAGCGAAACAAGAUGACAAAAAAUGGAUCAAACCUUCAACCAAUGAUACUAUCGAAAAGGAAAAAGAAAAAGAUAAGAGCCCACCAGCUGCCACGUCCGCUCCGAAGGAGACCAAGCCCGCUGCCCCUACACCAAUAGCUCAGACUACUAGCAAUAACGAUAAACCUGCCGAACUAGCAAAGAGCGAGAAUACAAAACCAACUCCCGUCGAACCACCAGUUACUGAUAAACAAAACGUGCCCGUUAAAAAAGAGGAGCCAGCUAAACCGGAAUCGGCGAACCCGGAGGAACCCGCAAAAACCAUUGAAACUCCGAUGUCAGCAGGGGCGGCUGAGCCUCCGAAGACGGCCGCGCCUGCAGUUGCGCCGCCUGCUAAAGCAGCAGCGUCCGCUGCAUCUGCCGCCUCCCCGGUGCCUGCAGCACCACCUGCUGCCAGCGCGACACCUGCUAAUGCCCCUAAGGCUGCUCAGCCCGAUGUGAAGCCCAUAGUCCCUGUUCCACCCGCGUCUACUUCCAGUGCUACACCCGCAGCAGCAGCAACGCUGUCUGCGCCCUCUGCAGCCCCGCACUCAGCCUCGGCUCCGGCACCGGCUGCCGCUCCACCUCCAGCCAUCCCUUCGCAAUCAACAGUAACAUCAGCAGCUGCUGUUCCCAUCGCGCAGCAGAAACCGGCGCCGCCCAUCGACCCAAUGGCGCAAUCAUUUAUUGAUCCUAGUACGAUCGGAGGCGGGGGAGGCAUCAAAGCUGCACCAAAACCUGGAGAUUUUAGCUUGGCCAGGUCAAGGCUGGAUGAGUUCUGGGCGGAGGGUAAAUAAGAGAAGUACACACAGUGUAUUAAUUUAAUGUGUUACUACCGGAUACACACACACUAUUAUACAUACAUUUGCAUUUGAGUAUGCGCUUCUCACGCUCAACAACGAACCGCGCUCUGUUACAUGACAGAGGGCUCAGAUAUUGUCAUAAGCAAUCAUAUAAUCGAACGUACGCGGCUACCAUCUGCUAUGAGCAGGUGGCAAACAAAAUGGAAGGAGCCUUUUUCGGGCCGUACCCAGAGCCCGUCCGGGCUUUCAUCAUGAUCGCCAUUAUGAUUGUUCCGAUAGGUCACCAUAAUGGUGACGGUUGUACCGAUGUAUGUAUUCUGUUUUGCUGCCAUCGUCUGUCACAUGAUGACAGCCGUGAGCUCCUUAUGUCACAAUGACAGGGCAUCACAGCAACCGACACGAGAUGACGCUGUAGUGGUUGAAGAUGUGUCAUCACCGUGCAGGUGUCCAGACAAAACGUGACGGAAAAACACCUACCGGUAGGAGGUGAAAGAUCAAGGUUAAUAGAGAACACGCGAGUUGUUGAAGUCACCAUUGUCACCUCAACUGACGCGACAAAGCUAGCACGAAGCAUCAAAUAAGAAGAUAAAAGAAAAUGGCAGCGGCACGCCAUGAAAGAGCAGGUUUUAGAUGGAAAGCGACAAAUGCACGUAUUCAUACGAGCAGCCGUCAUUUCAGUGAUGAUCUGCUUUAAACUAGAGACGGAGUAACUCACGGCAUGUGCACAUUCCAGUUAGCCGAGGAAAUCGAUGAAUGGGCCUCAGGAGCGCGAACCUGUCAAUCUGAACAAAUGUAUGUCCAAAGAAGCUAUCUUGCGCCGCUUAGUCCACCGAUCGAUUUCCCACUUCCUAUCCUGUUUCUAUUAAUUAUUUGUUGACAACCUUUUAUCAUAGAAGAAGCCUCCCUAAUUUCAUUCUUAAUUUUCGCCCCGUAUACGAGGCAUUCGUGAAUAAGUCUAUCGAGGAUCAGACAACUGAGUUAACUCUCCUUGCGGCGACGUAAGGACUCCGCAUCCUUUCCUCGGCCAUAUCCCACACACUUCUCAUCGGAACAAUAAAUGAUGAUAAUUUUUCCCUGCCUGCCCAUGCGUAAGAACCGUGCGGCGCCGGAACUGAAGCUAGUGCCCGUUAAUUCAUUUACCCGCCACAGAGUAUUCGAACAUCCGAUGCGGCUUGAUUCAGCAUUGGCAAAGGGUUUCUCCAAGGGGUCGAUUUUGGUAAUCAACAGCGCAUUAUCGUUAAUAAAAGAAACGAUAUGAUAAGCACGAGAAGGUGCAGUUUCUGUGAAAUGCAGAGAACGAAAAAAAGGCAACUAUCAAAGUCGAUCGAGGAUGCUUUUGCGUACCUAGACCACAAAUAGGUAGCAAGGAAGACUACAAAGGCCGUAUACUUUUUUCUGGUGAGCAGGUCUACGCCGUGUGCGCGGGACAUGCUCAGCUAACAUUGGCAGAGUUAAAAUCGGCUAGAGGCUAACAAUCUCACGACAGUCAUACACACAUACAUCUUUACUUGCAUCCUAUGUACCUAUCAAUUGACACAACGGUACGAAGACGAAGUGCAACAGUAUGAUAACGAUGACAUUCAUUAAAAUAUUAUUAAUAUAAUUAGAUUAAAAAAGACCAGCGUACACAUACUUGGAACUAUCUAUGCCCCCGGAAAAUUACUGGGGUAAGAAAUGCAUCGCUGUCCAAGAUUUCAGAUAAUGAAGUUCCCUGAUAACAGUUUUCUAGCUCACUUGUGCAUUUGUAGGCCAUAGCCCCGACAGAAAUGAAAUCACUUCAUCAAAUGAAAGAGAAGUAACGCAGUAAAGGGUUUUUACGCAGAUCGGAAUCGAAUCCGUGGUUUGGCAUAGGAGGGCGUCCUCAUAAACGUCCAGGUCAACCAGCAGCGCUGGUCUACGUCAAUUAAGACAACACGGAAUUCGACUCGACUGGCGUCACCAAUUCACGAUUCGAAGUCCGUUUUUAAGCAUUAAAGAGUUGGUUUGUGUAUAUGACUCUAAAUACUCCAUCGUAAUGUGCGGUAUAUGAAGAAAACGCGCACGUUUCUGCAGUGCACGCCUCAGAUGAUGAUAAAAUGGACUAGCAGACUGAAGUAGACAUGGCGUUCGUGUACGUCAAACGAGAAACAAUAUUCCCGAGGUAAGAUAUUGAAGAAGCGAACAAAAACUAAUAGUAGUCAUUAUAACUUAUACUAUGUCGCAUCCUAGUGUAACGAGCAACUCCCGCACUAUAAAAACACCAACAAUAGAAAGAACACAGAUAACAAUAGCUAUAAUACGAUACCGAUAAGCAGGAACAACAUAUUAAGGCGACAUUGCUUAGUUACUUAAUAAUAAAACAGAGAACCUAAACGGGAGGGAGUAAGGUAUUAGUAUGACAAGUAUUAUUAUUAUUUGUAUUGUCUACCGUAAACAAGAUUACUAAAUAAAAACUUUACAUUUUGUUCUCGUGUA